AUGGGUAAAGAGGUCCUGCUCUGCAUCCUCUACUGCGUGGUGGCCCUUCUGCAUGAAGGGAUAGGAGGAUCCAUCCUCCAAAGAAGCAACAUCAAAAAAGAAGACAACUUCUUCGUAAAGAAGUUCUACAAUAAUAAGCUGUCCAAAACGUUUACCCAGGAUGACUAUCACUUUUUCCGCUUAGUGUUUAUGAAGUUCCUCACAAAAGCGAAUUUUCUAAAAAGAGACAUGACCUUGGAUGACGUGGUGAGGACGAUAGAGUUGAUCCAAUUUGGGAUAAACCAAAAAAGCGACGAUGUGUACAUGACCCUGUACAAUGAAAUUAAAUUCAUAUCUCAAGAGCAGUACAGGAAGAUCUACGAAAAAAAUGAAGUGGAUGAAGAAAUAGAAAGGGAAGUUGAGAGAGAAAUGCUUAAGAGUGUGGAAAACGGGAGGCACAAAAGAAACGUCCUGGCGAUGGUCCCCUUCCCGAAUGAGCAAAUAUAUAACUCCAGCGAAAGUUCCAAGAAAGCCCACCUCCUCCUAGACAUACUCUACGUGGCGAUAGUGGCUAGCUAUCAAUCGCUGGACGAGGCGGAAAAAAGAAACAUGGUUAAGUGCGUGUACGAGAAUACCUUAAACCAGUGGAUGAGCCUGAACUUUUUACGAAAAAUUAUGCGGUACAAAUUGUCCGUUAAUAAAGGUGGCAUAUUGUUGUACGUGUCGCUGGAGAGGAAUCACCCCCCUGGCGAAGGCGCAAAGGAAAACAAAAACGAAGAGGCAAACGCAAAUGCAAACGCGGGUGCCGCUGCCCGUGCUCAUGGCGAUGUCGUCACGCUCCAGCAGGAAGAUCUUUACACCAUUGAGGCCGAAUUGAAGCACAUUCUGGAAGAAUUCAUACACGCCCUGUACCCCAGCUACCUCGGGCACGCAAACUUGGCCUUCAUAAUUGACAAAUACACCCGGGUGUGCUUGCCCCAGCUGCAUGUUGUGGGCUAUCGGACGAGCGGCGAGGACAAGAUGUGGACUUCCCACUGGGAUGGCGUGAUGAGCAAGUUGGAAGAAACCCCACCAGGUGCAGCACCCACCCAGAGUGACCGACACGAUGACGACAGCGAUUCUAGCGGCACAGCGGAGGACAUCCCAGAAAACUACUUCCACGUAGAGACAAACAGGGACAAAAUUGUAGUGCAAGUUUUAAUAACGAAUAAGGGGGAAGCGCAAAAUAGGAUCGAAGACGACUCAUGCGAUGUUCAGCUGACCAUAGAAAAUGUUUACAACAUUUUGAUAGACCAUUUUUUGUACAAUGAGAAUUUUGGGGGGUACUACACAAAGCCAACCUUCGUCAUGGCAAAAUAUCUGUUCGGUUACGAUAAGAAUGCUCAAAUAAAAGAUGAAGAAAAAAAAUAUGAAGAUAUAUCCUUGCACAUAUUCUUACGGAUAAAGGGGAAGGUUAAAUUUCGCUUCAAACAUGUGAAAAAAUUUCUUUCGAAAUAUACAAAAGAAUUUAAUACCCUAUAUUCUCUCCAUUUUUACGGAGCAUGUAUAAAACAUAAACACACAGACAUUAUAAAAGUUGUGGGUCAAUUUGGUGAAGGCGUAGACAACAACUUAAUCAGCAACGUCAUCAUCAAAAUGAAAUCGGAAGAAACUGUUGCACACAUAAAAUUAUAUUCCAAGAAGAAAGACACACAGAAUUUGGCCUAUACAUCCACUAAGGAAAUAAUUAAAGAGAUAAAUAAAAGUACCUACUUUAACGUUAUAUAUUAUCUUGUCGACAGAACGAAGGAGAUUCCAAAAUCGAUUAACUGCACUAUUUGCAGACAUUUUAAAUACCACUAUGUUGUUCUCUUCAUAGCAGCUAUCGUCCCAUCGUUGAUCAUUUUUUUCUUUUUCUUCUUUAUUAUGUACUGUCGGAUAAAGAAAUUUCGGGACAAGAGAAAUACCUGCUCCAGUCGCCUGUCCCAAAUAUGCCCCAGUCUCUUUUACGUCAGGACGGCUUCGCAUCAGUAUAGGCGUCUCACCAAGACUUACUGCCGAGAGAUACUUGCGAAGGGGCCCCAUCCCAAGUCGGUUCUGAAAAACGGCUUUAAACGAGGCACUCGCUCUAGGCGCGAGCGCGCCCUCACCCACCGAGUGAGCAUAUCUCCCUGA